AUGGCGGUCUCUGCAGUUUUCAUUCUUGAUAUUAAGGGACGUUGUUUGAUUAGUCGUCAUUAUCGUGGUGACAUUUCAUCUGUUGAAGCCGAAAAAUUCUUCAUCAAGCUUCUUGAAAAUGAGGAGGAUAUAGAGGCUCAUGGUCCCGUAGUUAUUGACAAUGGUGUUUCUCACAUAUUCAUUCGACACAACAAUGUCUACUUGAUGGCCGCAUCCAGGCAAAACUGUAAUGUUACCAGCCUCAUUGUUUUUCUCCACCGUUUGGCCAGUGUUUUUGAAUAUUAUUUUGAAGAAUUGGAAGAGGAAUCGCUAAGAGAUAACUUUGUCGUAGUGUAUGAAUUACUAGAUGAAAUGAUGGACUUUGGUUACCCACAGUAUACUGAAGCAACGAUUCUAAGUAAGUUUAUCAAGACCGAUGCUUAUAAGAUGGAAGUUAUACAAAGGCCUCCAAUGGCCGUAACCAAUGCAGUCUCUUGGCGAAAUGAAGGAAUAUAUUACAAAAAGAAUGAAGUAUUUCUAGAUGUAAUUGAAAGCGUUAACAUACUAAUCAAUAGUAACAGACAAGUUAUACGUUCAGAAGUCGUCGGGGCAUUGAAAAUGAGGACAUGUUUAAGUGGAAUGCCUGAGUGCAAACUUGGGCUUAAUGAUAGAGUUUUAAUGGAUGCUCAAGACCGAACACCAAAAGGGAAAUCCAUUGAUUUAGAAGACAUCAGAUUUCAUCAGUGUGUACGUUUGGCUCGCUUUGAAAAUGACCGCACGAUAUCAUUUAUUCCGCCUGACGGGUCAUUUGAUCUAAUGACAUAUAGACUUAGUUCUCAGGUAAAACCUCUUAUUUGGGUCGAGGCUCAAAUUGAAAGGCACGCCCGAAGUAGGAUGGAGAUGCUUGUAAAAGCAAGAAGCCAAUUUAGGGGGCGAAGCAAUGCAACAGAUGUCCACAUUAAGAUACCUGUUCCGUCCGAUGCUACAAAGCCUAUUGUUCGUACAACAACGGGAAUUGCUACAUAUGCUCCUGAACAAGAUUCGCUUAUAUGGAAAAUUAGAUCCUUCCCCAGUGACAAGGAGUAUAUGUUAGGUGUUGAAUUUAAGCUUCCGAGUGUGGCUUAUGAAGAUGGAACUCCUGAUAAAAAAAUUCCUAUACGUGUGAAGUUUGAAAUACCAUAUUAUACUGUAUCCGGGAUUCAGGUUCGUCACCUUAAAGUUAUUGAAAAGAGUGCAUAUCAGACGCUACCAUGGGUGAGAUACAUAACAAUGGCCGGUGAGUAUGAAAUAAGGAUGCAAUGAAGAUCCAAUAAAAUUUUA